GAAACGACGAGAUCCCGUGGAUCAUACAUCCGUUAAUCAUUCCGAUAGAAAAUCUCUAUUCUCCGUAAUGAAACAGAAGAUCGAAGCUGCCCACCUUUCAUAAUCCUUUGAAGCGUUUUAUGAAAUCAAGGAGCGAGAGGGAAUCCGAAGCGGAGAUUGUGAAUUACAAAAAUUGCAAAAUUUGCAGUAAUAAUAAUCCGCGAAAAAAUCGACCUGUCCUCGAGAAAAUCGACGAACUUGCGAAUGUUGACAGUGCAUCCACGCUGAACGAACAAGAUACGGAAAAGAGCAAUACCUCGGAUUAUCAGUUCGAGCAUCAUCCUAUGGAUGCUGCAAGGACGCGCGAAUCUUACCAAGACCUCGCCAGUUAUUUCUCCGAAGACCCCGAUGAACCCUCGACCUCCGUUACGAACACUAUCGUCCUCUCCGCGAGUACCUUCGAUCGUGAUCUUGAGAGAACAGAGCCGACGAGCGAAAAUCUACAGAGCACAACAAUGACGUCGACAACUUCCACAUCGUUCGGAAGCGAGAUAACCGAUGUCGUCUCAAAUUCUAUGAACAUCGAGGAAGUGUCAGACGCGGAUUUCACGGACACACUGCAACGUGGUGCCAUUGUCGCGGUCGCUCCAAUAGAUCCCCAAUCAGGGCAGGCGUUUUCUGCACAAUUAGGGAAUGAAAUCGUCAACGUGCCUGAAACGAUAGAGUCAAGAACGCGGGAUCAAAGAAUAGGUCGGGACGAUCCACGAGAAUUUUACAACAGUACAUUACGCAUGGUGGUGAUUCGCAAGCCGAUAUGUCCGCAAAACGACGAGCCCAGUAUAUACUGAAGUUACAUCGAAUGUUAUAAUAAUCAUUGUGAUCGUGUAUAUCGUGAUCGGUACACUAUUAAAAAAAAAAAAAAUCUACUUUUUCGCGAAUGCCAUACAGAUUAAUGAUCUUUGUCGAUAAGAACUUC